AUGGGUUCCUCCAAUUCCACGCUCAGUUCCAUCGAAACAUGCGUGAGUGCUAUCUGCAACGGUCGCUUAGAUUGCUACCAUCUACCGCAGAGUGAUUUGGAUCAGUCGUGGAAUAAAUUGUACAAUCUCGCUCUUUCUCAAUAUCCUCAAAUCAUCAUUCGGCCCAACAACGCUUCCGAAGUUUCUCAAGCGGUGAAAUGCGCCAGCGACAAUGACUAUAAAGUCCAAGCGAGAUCUGGCGGUCACUCGUACGGAAUGAACAACGAUACUUGGCACGCAAGUGUUGGAUCGGGCUACAGACUAGAUAAUCUUGACAAGCAGCUGCAUCAGAACGGUGGUAGGGCCAUUGCACACGGCACAUGUCCCGGAGUUGGAGUUGGAGGACAUGCAACUGUGGGAGGACUGGGCCCCAGCUCAAGAAUGUGGGGUUCUGCACUGGACCAUAUCAUCGAAGUUGAAAUCGUAACUGCCAAUGGAACUAUUGUACGAGCAAACGAAAACGACUAUUCAGACUUGUUUUGGGCCGUUCGAGGAGCCGGGGCCAGCUUCGGUAUCGUCACCGAAUUCGUAUUCAAAACCCAUCCUGAGCCAGGGAGUGUCGUUGAAUACACCUACAGCUUCAGCUUCGGUCAGCAAAAGGACAUGGCACCUGUAUUCGAACAGUGGCAAGACUUGGUGUACGAUCCUAACCUCGACCGCCGUUUCUCGACAUUGUUCAUCGCCGAACCUCUUGGAGCUCUCAUUACUGGCACUUUCUAUGGCACCAAAGAGGAAUUUGACCAAACAGGAAUUUCCGAAAAGAUUCCUGGCGGAGGGGCUGUUAAUUUCACUAUCCAAGAUUGGCUGGGAAGCCUGGCUCAUAUUGGAGAGACGACAGCGCUGUAUCUAAGCGAUCUCGCAACACCUUUCGCUAGCAAGUCGUUGGCAUUCAAAAGAGGCGACAAGAUGAGCAAAGAGUCUAUCGACACGAUAUUCGAUUAUGCGGGAGACACAGAUCCAGGAACACUACUUUGGUUUAUCAUUUUCAACUCUGAAGGAGGUGCCAUGGCAGAUACUCCGUACAACGCAACUGCAUAUCCGCAUCGCAAUGCAAUCAUGAUGUACCAGUCUUAUGCCAUUGGAGUACCAACAUUGACAACAACGAUUACAGACUUUGUUUCUGGAGUUCAUGAUAAGAUCAAGCAGGCAGCUCCAGAAGCGAACAUGACGUAUGCUGGAUACAUUGACGUGUCUUUGAAUAGGUCGACUGCGCAGUUGACGUAUUGGGGCGACAAGGUUCCCCAGCUGCGAGAGAUUAAGGGUCGAUAUGAUGCCGAUAAUGUGUUUAGGAACCCACAGAGCAUUGAGUUUUUAAAGUAG